AUGACUACAACUUCUUUUUUUUCUUCUAGGUGCAUCCUCAUCUUCUAUGUUCUAUUGCUUAUAAUACAGUUUUGCAGUGCUCGUGUAAUAUUCAACAACCCGAAAAAUGACGAUGAUCACAACAAAAAGAAUAAUAACAUAAAAUUUUAUGGAAGGAGGAAAGAAGUUGACGAUUUGGAUCCUGCUCUAAACGUGUUCUUUCACGUUCACGAUCUAUAUUCAGGCAAGAAGAUGCCUAUAUACUUUGCACUUAACGACCCUUUAACAACUCCUCGACUACUAGCCAAAGAACACGCCGAUUUGAUACCAUUUUCUUCGUCGAAACUCCCAUACAUUCUUGACUUGACAUCUUUAGCCUAUGACUCACCACAAGCCAUGGUCAUGGAACAAACACUAAAACAAUGUGAACUUGAGCCAACACCGGGUGAAGUAAGGUUUUGUGCUAGCUCAUUAGAGUCCAUGCUGGACUUGACACGUGGCAUAAUGGGUGAUAAAGUCAAGCUGAAAACAUUGACAACCAAGAUCCAUGAUUUGCCAAAUAAUAUUUCAAAUCAUACACUUUUGCAAGAGUAUACUUUUUUAAAAGAGCCAUUAGAGAUUCAUACUUCUGAUAUGGUGGCUUGUCAUACCAUGGCUUAUCCUUAUGCUGUUUUCUAUUGUCAUGGUCAAAAGGGGUAUAAUCGGGUUUUUGAGAUUUCUUUGGGUGGUCAAGAUGGAAAUAGAGUGGAUGCUGUUGCUGUAUGUCAUAUGGAGACGUCUAUGUGGGACGCUGAUCAUGUCGCGUUUCGUGUGCUUGGAGGUCACCCUGGUAGCUCGCCGGUUUGCCAUUUUCUCCCCACUGAUAAUAUCGUAUGGAUAGCGUCACCGUAGAUGCAUAUAUAGUGUAUAUGAAGUGCUGUUAGUUUGAUGUAUUAUAUAUCAUCGAUUGUAAUCCAUGUUUGAAUGUUUUUGUAAUAUGUAGACCAGCAGUAGUAAAUAUUGAUUUAUGAUCUGUU